UAAAAAUGAUCCUUGGGGCACCUUUCCACCUACAGACAGGAUACUAUUAAAAAUCGCCCAAUUAUGAAAAACAACAAUUAGAGUACUAGUAAUAUUUUAUUACAGAUCAGCAUAACUAAGACUGAAAUGACCUCCUAAAUCCUAUAAAAGGCCAAAUGGAGCUAACCUCUAGAGAGGACAGUAUACUUUGCCUUUGCUUCUCUUUGGGAAAGGGUCACUCACCUGUCCUAUGGCCAUGUCUUUUCGACUUUCUAGUGGAACCAGGUGGAUCUGCUCCCGAACUGGCUCUGUUAGACUGUCAGGUGGAGGACUAGGCUUUGGGGCUGGAAAUGUGUGCAGUGGGUCAGGAGCAGGAAGCAGCUUUUCUCGGACUAUUGAGGGCAUUUCUUCUGGAGGAGGCUUCUCCAAUGGUAGUGGAGGCUUGGGAAGUGGGGUCUGUACUGGGUUUCUGGGAAAUGAGCAUGGCCUUCUCUCUGGAAAUGAGAAGGUGACCAUGCAGAAUCUUAACGACCGCCUGGCAUCCUACCUGGACCAUGUGCGAGCUCUGGAGGAAGCAAAUGCAGGUCUAGAGCAGAAGAUCAAGGGUUGGUAUGAGAAAUAUGGCCCUGGUUCUUGCCAGGGACUUGAUCGUGACUAUAGCAGAUAUUUCUCAGUCACUGAAGAUCUUAAAAGGGAGAUUAUUUCUGUGACUACCCACAAUGCCAGCAUUGUUCUACAGAAAGACAAUGCCAGACUGACUGCUGACAACUUCAGGCUGAAGUAUGAAAAUGAGCUUGCUCAGCACCAGAGUGUCGAGGCUGACAUCAACAGUCUUCGCAGAGUGCUGGAUGAGCUGACCCUUUGUACAAGUGACCUGGAGAUACAGUUCGAAACACUCAGCGAGGAAUCAACAUACCUCAAAAAUAAUCAUGAGGAGGAAAUGAAAGCCCUUCAGUGUACAGCAGGAGGAAAUGUGAACGUAGAGAUGAGUACAACCCCAGGAGUGGACCUGGCUGUUCUGUUGAACAAUAUGAGGGCCGAGUAUGAGGACUUAGCUGAGCAGAACCGCAAAGACACCGAGGCCUGGUUUAAUGAGAAGAGUGCGUCGCUGCGACAACAGAUUUCUGACGACACAGGAGCAGCCACGGCAGCCAGAAACAAGCUGACAGAGCUGACACGCGAUACCCAAACCCUGGAAAUAGAACUUCAGUCUCUUAUGGCUGUGAAACAUUCCUAUGAAUGCUCCUUGGCCGAGACUGAAGCAAAUUACUGCCUUCAACUCCAGCAAAUCCAGGAUCAGAUCGGGGCAUUGGAAGAACAACUGCAACGGAUUCGAACGGAAACGGAAGGCCAGAAGCUGGAGUAUGAGCAGCUUCUAGAUGUCAAAAUCUUUUUAGAAAAAGAAAUCGAAACUUACUGCAGAUUAAUAGAAGGAGAAGAAAGAGGAAGCAAAUCCACAUGUUACAAAUCAAAAAGAUGUGUGCCUAUAAAUCCCGGAAAUCAAGUGAAAGACUCGACAGAAGAAAUUGUUGUUAAAACAGUAGUUGAAGAAUUAGAUCAACUUGGCAAUGUCCUUUCAUUAAGGGUUCACUCAGUUGAAGAAAAAUCCUCUAAAAUAAGCACCAUUACUAAUGGAGCAACGAGUACCUUCUAA